UAAAUUAUUCAUCGGAUAAUGACAGUUUUUUUUUCCACCCCAAUGAUUGACAGUUAAAUACGUUAAAAAUUCUCUCCUCCAUUUCGGGAACUGCAAAUGGCGUCUACUGCUAAUCCUCAGUCGGUGUUCAAUGUGUUCGUGUAUGGCAGCCUAUUAGCUGACGACGUCGUUCAUGCACUCCUCAAACGCGUCCCUCCCUCUAAUCCCGCUAUUCUCCACAACUACCACAGGUUUAGCAUCAAAGGGCGUGUUUAUCCUGCCAUUCUAGCGGUAGAAAACAAGAAAGUAACUGGGAAGGUUCUUUUGGAUGUCACUGUUCCUGAAUUAAAUAUCCUGGACAUAUUCGAGGACGUUGAGUAUGAAAGGACGACUGUUGAUGUUUCACUGAUGGAUAGUUCCAAGACAUUGCAGGCUGAAACAUAUGUUUGGGUUGACAAGAGGGAUCCAAAUUUAUACGGGGAAUGGGACUUUGAGGAGUGGAAACAGUUGCACAAGGGAGACUUCUUGAAAAUGACGAUGGGGUUCAGUGAAGAACUGGAGCUACCAGAAUCAAAAACCAGAGUGGCAACUUAUGAAUCGUUCUAUGCACAAGAAGAGAACAAGUCCAAACCUUGAUGAAGUUGAGUAUAGAUGAAUUGUGCUUCACGCAUACAAGGGCGAAACCAGUGAAGUACCUACGAGCUCGGAUGAACCUAAUAACUUUUACUUUGAUCAUGUAUUUAUAUUUAAAAUUAAAUAUAUAAUUAUAAACCCAGUAACUAUAACGAGCUAUGAAUUCGAUGGCAAAUUAAGAACUCAUAAACUUUAAAAUU